ACAAAGUACAAACGUGUACAUGUAACUUUUGAGAGUGUAAAAUGUCAGAUUUUGAAAAUGGAAAAAUAUUCCAAAAAUAUAUACAUAGCGAAACAGACGAUGAAAGGAAAAACAGUGAUGUUGUGGAGAAAACUGAAACUCAGAUGACAUUAUGCGACACAACGAAACAAAUAGGAUAUGGCCGUCGACAUGAACAAGCUGCCCUUCUGUUUGUCUGUUUGAUGGUAGCGUACAGCAUGCGGACUUGUAUGGGAGUGGCUUUAGUAGCUAUGGUGCAAGGUCAUGCAGAAAAAUCGGAUUUCACUAAUACUUCAACUAGUGAAGAAUAUAAUCAAACGGAGUUCGGGAGUGUUGAACUUCUAAAUGGAAUAUUCUUUACGGAACCAUUCCCGACGUUUUCAUGGAACAAAAAAACUCAGGACUACAUGUUAGCUGCAUUUUCCUGGGGAUACAUGAUUUUACAGAUACCAGCAGGCCAAAUAGCUCACCGGUAUGGUACCAGGUAUCUUCUUACGGGCGCACUGGUAAUAAAUGGGGUGGUAUCUUUUUGUACACCUUGGGCUGCAUACUAUGGAAGUUGGAUAUUUGUCGUGAUAUUCCGAAUGAUUCAAGGCCUGAGUCAGUCUUGUUUCAUACCAGGCAUGCACACGGCGUUUGGGAAAUGGGCCCCUUUGGAGGAACGAGGCAGAUUGUCAGCGUUUGCAUACGGAGGACAAGCAUUAGGAACCGUUUUAGGACUACCAAUAACAGGCUUCAUAGCGGCUUCUCCACUUGGUUGGCCCGGGAUUUUCCGUUUUUAUGGAAUUAUUUCAUUAUCCGUGGGGGCUGUUCUAUGGUUCUUUGGAGCUGAUUCGCCAGCUAAGCAUCCGCGAAUAUCUGUUGCUGAGAGGCAGUAUAUUGAAGAAGCUUUAGGGCAGGCUGGGACAAAAGGAAAGCACCUGAAAGUUCCAUGGGCGAAAUUACUACGAUGCAAAGCGCUAUAUGCUAUAGUAGUAGCACAUAUAGGACAGACUUGGGGUCAGCUGACGUUGUACACAGAGGUCCCUGCUUUUAUGGACAAAGUCAUGAAGGUCAAUAUAAAAGCUAAUGGCCUUCUCACGGCAUUGCCUUUCUUGGUGAUGUGGUUUACCAAUUUCUUCUUCAGUUGGUUCACCGACAUGCUCAUUGUAAAAAAGUGGUUAAGUGUAACCAAUACUCGAAAAUUGGCACAGACAUUAGGUUGUAUACCAGCGGCAGUGGGGCUUAUCGCGUUGGCAUACGUUAAGAAAGACAUUGUCGUAGUCGAAACUAUUUUAAUUCUGACGUGCGCUUUUAAGAUUUCCGCUAAUUUGGGCUGGAGCGUAAACCAUAUCGACUUGGCUCCAAACUUUGCUGGCACCAUGAUGAGUAUUAGCAAUGCUGUAUCAAACCUUUUUGGGUCCCUGGCACCUGUAGUUGCAGGGUUUUUACUCGCUGAAGAUGUUACGAGUGAAUUCCUUUGGAGGAAGGUAUUUUUGGUAGCGGCAGGAUUUUAUAUAAUUACUGAUAUAGUGUAUGUCGCUAUUGGAUCAGCAGAGUUGCAGGAGUGGAAUACCCCGAAAGAAAAUACGAAAGCGAAUAUUGAAAGCGAUGAGGAAAAACCAAUGAUUUAGAAUCAGAAUCAGUAGCUGACUGUAUUUAAUGUCCUUGAAGCACGACCACAGAAGAAAAACUUAAAAGACGGAAAGUAUACUUUGUACAAAAUCAAAGGCUAACAGCGGACAAGAUAAAAUCGAGCUGUCCCUAUCAAAAUUGCAUGGCAAUAUCCCAUUCGACUAUUGGGGUUGUCAAAAAUCAAUCUUAUGUGUAGUUAGCAGACGUAAAAAGACGCCGAGGAGUAACAACUCUAAUUAUUGCUACGUAGCAAUGCCAGCCAUAUGGAGCCGGAAUGGCCCGAAAAGUAGUGUUUAACCAAUGUGAUAAAGGCAGGAAGAAGCUGCCCUUAUCUAUCUCAGGUUCUGUUGGUUUGGCAGAACACACAUACCAUUCUUUUCUUUUUACCACAAUCCAUCAUUUAUCGAUUUUUGAACCUACCAAUCGCUCUCAGUCCAUCAACAUUCGUCUCUUACAUUUGUUUUGCCUAAGUUCAUUCAUCUUUCUUCAAUUCAGUACCACGCUCCACAUAUCCUUCGGUUUUCUCUUCAUCAUCUUUGUUAUUACAUUCAUCAUAAUAAACAGUAUAGCAACUUGUGAAAAUAAUUGCCCUAUGGUGCUCUAUUAUAAUGAAAUAAAGGUAGAAUAAUUA